GGUUCUUUUGAGGGCCUAUUGAGAUUACAUCCAUUUGGAAUGGAGCUAUCGGUGAGUCCAGAGGAGGAUUGCUUAAGUCCUGUAAACACCUUAUGGUCUGUAGACAAGAUCCAUGCAUAUUCUGAGCUCAGAAAUGGAAAGCUCUUGACUGCUGGGCUUUUGGGCGGUCUAAAUAUCGGAGUAUCAGAUAGCCUGGGAAGGCACAGUGUAGGCUUGGCCCGUCCCGUCUGCGCUGCAUCCUGUGCUGGAUUCACGGAAGGAGGGAGUUUGAGUGCUCUGGAAUGA